AGAAGUCCUCUAGUGGCGUCGUCGAGCGGAGUGCGGAGAGCGGAGCGGCCGCGCUUUGUGCGUUUUCGUUGCUCGGUAGCGGCGUUGUGAUGUAGAAGAAGGCAGGAGCCGAGAGCCGAGAACGCCGCUGAGCUGACUGCGUCGUUGUACAGGUGGUUCGCUCGGCCCUAUUCGACGGCCACCACCACCACCGAUUUCUCCGCCAAGGUGGGGGAAAAGAGUGAGAGAGCGAGAGAGCGAGAGAGAGAGAGAGAGAUAGAAAGAGAGAGAGAGAGAGAGAGAGAGAGAGAGAGAUUCGGCGGAGUUGUAGUAGUAGCCAAGUUGUAGUGGUGGCAACUGGCAACAACGGUCGGAGGAGUAUCGUAAGGGGCCGAUUCGAUAGAGAAGAAGAACAAGCGCUUUGCUUGCGGGACGGAUAGGAUACAGCGCGGACGGAGAGGGAGGGAGGAAAGGAUGAGUGAGGGUGGAGGUAGAGAGGUAGAGAGAAGCCUGCUACGCUAAGUGUUUCCACGGACGCGUCGAUAAGGUCGCCCCCGUCCGCACCCAAGUUUUUCCAGUGAUGGCACUCUGAUACGACAACGGUUGUGUGUGAGAAAUAUGGACUCAUCUGCACGUAGAGAUUGACACAUUAUUUGACAUCUCUGCUCUUCUCGGGAAUUGGUACCCUUUUUUCGACAUACCCCUUCGGAUAACUGAAGACUCCCCACUACCUCUCACUCCGUUGUUUUUCUCUUCACUUUUUAUGGAUUUUAUAUUUUGUUUGGUGUUUUUGUAAAACUGAGUGCCUCUGAACGGUCAACUACUUGUGGAUUCUUCUUAUACGUGUAGUAGUGUGAACGGAUCUUUCGACGACGUGGAAUUUCUGUGGUCAGGUUCUAGAUCUAGAUCUAGAAUCUAGAUCUACCAUAACCUGUGGAGUGAACAUCAAAGAGGUCCUAACUGACUUUGUAUGUUCAUAAUUCUAUGGAGAAUUUACCCGAUAUAGAUCUAGAAGUACAUGCGAAAUGGAUACCACGUGAUGCCAUGAACGACUGAAAGGAAAUGAGGCAUCGUGCAUGUCCAACCAAUUAAAGGAGAUGAUCGGAUGUCAACAGCGGAUUAUGGGUCCUGCCAAGCCUACGUUCCAGCCAUCAGGGGAGACUAUCCUGCCUGGGGUCUGACACUUCAGCAGGGCACACGAGGAGCAUCAUUAGUCACAGUACCCCUCAGCACUGCUCCUCGGUUACGACCUUAGUCUUUUUGGUAUUUUUUUUCUAAUUAUUUUUCUUUUUUUUUUAGAUGGGAAGAGCAUGCGCUCUUGGUUCAUAGUCGUGUCAUCUAUCACGACGCCGACAUAUUCUGUUGUCUGAAAUCUGCCUCCAGAAGUAUGGACUUAUCGAAAGGGUACGGUAUGUGUCAUGUUCCUGGUAUUCAAAGGAGUCUGGAUAGCGGAGUGUAGAAUUCUGUGGUACAGAGUUCAAGUAUCAAACUGCUGCUAAAACGGCCUACCUGUCUGUGGUGUCUAGCACACCCAGUAUCAACGAGUCCUUGAACUGUCGCACUGCUCAGAGUUAUAAAUUACUACGGAGAAAAGCGGCAGUCAUGAAAAUAACAGACUAUAUUCGAGUCUAGCUAGUGUCUUAAAACUGCGAAUUCUAAGGAUAGCCAUUGUCGACAUUUUGUAAAAUGUCUUACGAUCUAAGUCUUGGGGUUUCGAAUAUCUGAGGAAAUUCCGACAUCUUAAGAGCAUGAUGGAGCCUUCUGGAGCACGGAUGAGGUUCCCUUCGAAACUGUUGAUGGUGUGUGUCGUCAUCAUGGUCACGUGGUCAGAGUCGUCAGCCGACGUCCUGACCGAGAUCAGGUUCCAUUUCGAGGAGCAGAAGGGUCCGAACUCUUACGUGGGCAACGUGGCAGUGGAGAGUGGCCUACGGGCCUCCAUGACUGCGUCAGAGUUUGCGAAGCUAAGCUUCGGGAUCGACGAGGGAGACAUACAGUAUUUCACCAUCGACCCCAACAGCGGAGAACUUCAUUCGUUUAGAACUAUAGACCGCGAAGCUGUGUGUCAGGAUCGAGAGAAAGAAUGUAAGCUGACUACUGAAAUAACGGUUUAUAGCGACAGUGGAACUGGUCUUUACACGUUUAUCACAGCUAUCGUGGUUAUUGACGACAUUAACGACAACGCCCCUGAAUUCCCCACAGAAUCAUUAGAGCUUCGUGUACCGGAAGGUAACGGGGUUGGUGACAUGCUCUACAUCAGUGUGGCCGUGGAUAAAGACACGGGAAAUAACUCCGUGAAGCAGUACAGCUUCAGAGACCCGUCCAACACGUUCUUCCUGAGAGAGGGCAAGAAUCCGGACGGGUCUUCAUACCUCGGCAUCGUAAUCAAAGAGGUGCUGGACAGAGAAAUUCGAGACUUCUACCAAGUAACUGUUACGGCGAAAGACGGGGGUACCCCGCCGAAGUCUGACUCUAUGGUCGUUAACAUAACCGUGACAGACAUCAACGACAAUGAGCCUGAGUUUUUGAAACCUGUGUACAACCAGACGAUCGACGAGAACCUACCCGUCAACGUCACGGUGUUACAGGUGUCGGCGCGGGAUGACGAUAUCAACCAGAACGCCGAGAUUUCCUACAAAUUCGGGUCGUCUGUCUCGGGCGAUGUUCGACAGAAGCUUAAGAUCAUCGAACACACCGGAGAGGUAAUUAUUCAGAAGGAGAUCGAUUACGAAAACAAGCAGGACCAACAGUUCCUAUUUUCCGUCCUGGCCGUAGAUCACGGGUCGCCCCCGAAGACGGCCACUGUAAGAGUGAUCUUAAACAUUCGGGAUGUCAACGAUAAUGCUCCUGAAAUCAACGUGAACCCUUCGUCCAACGACGUGUAUUUGUCCGAAAGCACUGGCAUCGACACCGUUAUCGUUCAGGUCACGGUCAAUGAUAUUGAUGAAGGUGUCAAUAGUAUAGUGUAUUGUGAUCUCGACGAGCCUCAUUUCUCCCUGCAGAGGCUUCAGAGUCUACAGGCCAAUCAGUAUAAAGUCGUUUUGGCUAAACCUCUGGAUUACGAGCAGGCCCCAAGCUACAGAGUGUCCAUCGAAUGUAUGGACAACGGUCAGCCGGAGUUGUCCAGCGUGAAGACGUUUGUCGUGAACGUGAAUGAUGAGAACGACAACCGACCGAAGUUCACUCACGCCACGUACUACGGGCGGAUUGUUGAGAACACGCUAGGCACCAGGAAUGUGGUCAACGUCACGGCUUACGAUGGGGACAGCGGGGAGUUCGGCAGAGUCUCGUACUCGUUGGAGAAUAAAUACGCGUCAUUGUUCACCAUCAACGACAGGACGGGCCAGAUCUACAUCACGCGGCCUGUGGACAGAGAAAAGACACCAGUGUUCGAAUUCCACGUGAUCGCGCGAGACAACAGCCCCGACAGGCUGUCUAACUCCUCCCUCAUCGUCAUCAACGUGGAGGACGAGAACGACGAGCCGCCCGAGUUCCCGAGACCCGUGUACUACGGCGACGUGCUGGAGAACCAGCCGGUGGGCACGAGCGUCGGGAACGUCACGGCGGUCGACCCUGACCUUGGCGUCAACGCCACGGUCGUGUACGCCAUCGUCAAACAAGGCAGCGACUACGACAACUUCAGCAUCAACCGCGUCACUGGUAUCAUCCGCAGCACCGUCGCUUUCGACCGCGAGGACAGAGACCAGUACCGGUUCAAAAUCAGGGCGGAGGACGCCAGGAAUCCAGCGUUCUACGCCAUUUGCAACUUUACUGUCCGCAUUCUGGACGACAAUGACCACGACCCCAUUAUCCACAAGUCGACUGUGGAGAACAGCACCAUGGUCGUGGAUUACGCAUCACCCGUGGGCUCUGUCAUCACCACCAUCCGCGCGUACGACGGUGAUGAUCCCGCUUCGAAAUAUUCAGAACUCACCUUUCUUAUCGCAAAGGGCGACCCAGAAGAGCUUUUUAAUCUCAACCGAUACACAGGGAAGCUUACCCUGGCUCGAAUGAUCGGUCGUAAAGACAUUCGAGUUCAUCAUUUAAAGAUAAAAGUUCAAGACGGAGGGAGCCCGCCUAACUUCGAUAUGAAACGUCUGAAUAUCCGAAUAAACGGGACAUUUCCAGCUGACGGCGAUGGGAGUCUCGACAGAAAUAUUCUCAUUGCUGCCAUCAUUAUUGCCGUUACGGUGGUGGUCGCUCUGGCGAUAAUAAUCGCUAUCUGCAUCAUGAGAUGCAUCGGGAAAGAGCGACGGGCGAACAGAGCCCAGCAGAAAACAAAUGAGGAGAAAAUGUACCAGGAGAAACAACAGGAUCUCUUCACUAACAUGACGUCUGUGGACGGGAUUAUGGAGGAUUCGAACUCCAACAAUCUAGGAAAGAGGGGAAGGAAAGAAGUGAGCUUUUCGUUGGACGAGGAGAGUGACUCGCAUAAUACAAGCUCGGGAUCAGGCCAUCCGCUGACCAGUUUCAAAACAAACAGUGACGCAGAUAAAGAAAUCCCAACAACAGCAACAACCUGUACCCGCAAGUGUUCUAUCGCGGACCCGGUUCACCCAUCGACGGUAAGGACCAACAACUUCAGCAUCCUCAUCAGAACCGGGCCUAUCAACAACAACUGCUCUACCCGCCAAAAUCCUCGUCCAAAAGUCGCCAGCAGAGACCUGGUUACGAGAGCCCGGCCCAUCACCACACGCAGGUGUCGUCGCCUCGGAACUCUCUUUCUUCUGACGUGGGCUCGGACAUGUCCAGCGGCCGCACGUCCCAGGCUCGCUCAGAUUCAGACAGAUCGUCCUCCCAUCUGAUUCAGCCGAACUCCUCUUCCAACAGAAGUGAUUCCAGGAGGCGGCCUCCCAUCUCCCCCAACACCACCAACGCCCAAAACACCCCCGCCCAGAUGAUUCCCUUCAGACCUCGGGAAAACUAUGGGCCCAGAAGUCUUCUCACCCACGACUCACCCAACCGUCUGGUGAGCCCUUACAGUAACAGCAACAGUUCUCUCAUGCGUUCUUUCCAUGGUAACCCUUCUAAUAGUUUCCAAGUAGCGCCGCCUCUGCAUAGUCUCAGCGCGGAGCGGUUGCCUAGACAUAACUCAGACCGCUCUUACACGGCGUCGGAGAGGUCGUACCCUUACUCAGACAGGUCGUACCCUCCCAGCUCUGAGCGCUGGGCCUCGAGUCUCCCCGAGGAAGAUGACCGCACAACGACGAGUGGGAGCUACACAAUCAACCCUGAUGAGCUGAGACAGGAAAUUGACCACCUGAUUCUCAGAGACAGUAUUGUGUGACGUCACUGGCCACCGCCCACUCAAUGUGGAUCAAGACAUUCGAGUAACGUGUACUUAUUGUGAGGAACAUUGACACUCACACUUGUAUGAAAAAUCGUGCAGAACUGGGUCGCCCUAAUCGACGGUACUUAUGGUAAGGCUGGGUUCUCUGACAGGUGGCACUACUCAUAUCAGUACAUAGUAUACCAUGUGCUACUGAGUAGAUGGGGUAUUAUGGCAGAAGUAGGGGCCAUGUAUUGUGCUUUUGUCCUAGCACAUCCCACGUCUUGGAGCAGAGAACGAUGUGCCCCGUGUUACUUCUAACGUACUUGUCAGGUCUCAACUAACUAUCUUUAAGAGAACGAUAGUUAAAAAUCUGCCAAGUAACUCGAGACGACAGAGCAGGUCAGCCGAAGACUUCAGCUUGCGACACCGCAUCUUUUGAUGAUGAGUGCGAAGUUCACACACCAGCAAGUAUUGCUACACUAGUGAACAGAAUCAUACACUGACUGCAUUCACUAUUCAGUGAAGUAUGAUCCGAGAAUCCAUACAUGUAUUUCACAUGGUGUGGGGGAAGAUUCAUAGACUAUCGGGAGACUUGGUCGUCUGCUGAAUCCAUGCAUUUUAGACAAUCUUCCACUUCAUUGUUGCUUAAUUUUAUUAUUUCAUUCGAUUAUUCCAUCUUUUUAAGCAUUGCUCUCGAAGAGGUAGUCAGUUUAUGUGAAAAAAAUAUUAAUAGUAAUUACCCUAAAACAGUCAUAUUGGGCAUGUUCACAGUAUGGCAUAUUAGACCCAACAGCAACGCCAUAGAUAAAUUCUGUCUUUAGAAUAAAUUAUUAACGCAUUCUUUGGAAAGCUUGCAGUAAGCCGGAUUUUUUAGUACCAAACAUGGUGGAAAAGGGAACCGUUCCCGAGAGAAACGUGAUUUCUUUUUAUUUUCCCAUCGAUUUUGGACUUUUAAGAGGAACGGCCAUCUCCGUGAUCUGUUAUUGAAUUCCAAUAAGUCGUUAAAUGCAAACUCAUCUUUCAUGUCAGCAUUACCCCUUCAACUAAAAAGUUGUAUUUGAUAUAUUAGCGCUCUUGUACAGUUCCUUUCAUUGACUCCGAGGGAAAUCCCAAAUCAUGUCCACUCUGAGAGAGGAGCAGGGACACAAGUGACUUAUUCUGUCUUUCCUGCUGUAUAAAUAUUACAAUGUUCCAUAUUGUGUCAGUGACUGUUCUUUGUCCAACUCAUUUGUUUGUUAAGACUGCCAGGGUUAGUCCACGUUGCUGGUACUUGCACUUCCAUAUUUCUUUUGUAUAGAGACAUUUUGAGAUGAAUCAUUAUACUUAACUUUCAGUAUACGAAGGACCGGCACUUGCAACAUAAUCAGGUCAUGUAAGUGCCGAAGAUUAGAGUUUGAUUGGAGAGCGAUGAACUCAAACAAAAAAAAAAAAGAAUAGA